UAUCGCUGAACGUAAAUCACAUUCCUUCAACCACCAGUAAUGGCAUGCCUAUCACAAACACUUAUAAUACUGGCCCUUACUUCCUCCUCCCUCGGAGCGCCUCGGGACAACUUGCAGCAGAGAUGGGAGGAGUGGAAAGUGAAGUACGGGAGGAGAUACAGCGAUCUGGGGGAGGAGGAAGAGAGGAGAGGGGCGUGGCAGGCCAACAUGGGUCUGGUGGAGGCUCACAACAAGAGACGGCAAGCUGGCUUUUCCCUUGAGAUGAACCAGUUCGCCGAUCAGAUUCUUCAACAACGGCAUCCAGUCUUUCCCGCGCUCCAACCUCGUACAGCUGCCAGGGCAGACGACACCGAGGCAUUUCAAGCCCCGCCCCCUUCAUUUGAUUGGCGGAGUAAAGGGGUCAUCUCCGCAGUCAAAAACCAAGGGACUAUCGGCAGCGCCGAUGCCGUUGCAGCAGCAGAAUGCAUGGAAAGUUGGAACGCGAUAAAAACCGGACAAAUGUUGAACACCAGCUACCAGGAGAUCGCCGAUUGUUGUCGAGCCCAUAACGACACCGUCUUCGACUGCGUACACAACAUCGGCGGGGUUUGUAGCGAGAAAGACUAUCCGGCUCUGACGGGGCAGUGUCGGAAUAAUACAUGUCACCCUGGACUACAGAUACAAGGCGGGAAACGACUUCCGCCAAGACGCCCGGAUCUAAUGAUCACAGCCCUCCUUCAGCGCCCCCUGAUGGUGUAUGUGGACGCGAGUCACGUGACCUUCCAGCUGUACGGAGGCGGUGUCUACAGCGACCCCAACUGCAGUACAGAGAGAGUGGACCACGCCUUGCAGCUCGUGGGGUACGGACAGAAGGAGGGACAGAAGUACUGGAUAUGUAAAAACAGCUGGAGUUCCAGAUGGGGGAUGGACGGCUACAUCUGGAUACGGAGAGGAUCUGAUGAAUGUGCCAUAGAGUCAUACGUUUCCUAUCCCUACUGACGUGUAACACAACCUGUCAAUAAACUUGAAACAGA